UCGGAGAUGGUGUGCCUGAACUCGCCAACGGGUACUAUCGACGGCACAGCCGGGUCACUUGUAAGGCGCCGCGCAUGCAGCCGGCAAACAGUUGGGAUGGUAUUUGUAGCCUCGCGGGAUUGUCAGGCAUGCAGCACUCUUCUUCAACUGAUGUUAUUUGCGCCUCGAUUGGAUACGGAGAUAGGUCGUAAAGGGCAGUCGAAGAAAGCGCUCGGAAGGUAUGAACUGGGGAAUGCAAACCCUUCGUUCGCCUGCCACACUUAUGUCCGCGUCGCACAUGUGUACAUUCAAACUGGCGUAUCCUCGGACCGGGUUUCAGAAGGGACGACGCCUUGUUCUACCCACACCCGGGCCCCAGCUUUUCCACCCCAACUUGAACGUUGCUUCGUGCUCGCUGAACGAGAUGUCGAGGCGUGAGCUUCGAGCCGUUGUAUCAAGGGGUCAAGGGCCGUUUGCUCCGUCGUUCUCUGGCUUUCAUCCAUGCGGGCUCGCAGCCGUAUCGGUCCGUGCUGUCGUCAGCAGGGUCGGGAUCCGGCAGCAAGGUGUCGGCAGGAACCCGGCGAAGGAAGCUGAAGCAGGAAGUGGUCAAGCCUCAACACGCAGAACACGGGUGGCUCGUUCGUUCGACUCGUUCGUUUCCCAUUCUUUGACGUCGUACCGAGCUGAUAUAUCAAUGUUGGUGAGCGGACAACGACAUGCUUACCUGUACUCCCUACCCUGUGGCUUUGCAUGCUCCCGCAGAAAGCUAGGACGCCUUUAUUCCGAGUCCAAUCACCGGGACCUUCAUGACGGCAUUCACGCCGCAACGUGGAUGUCAUUGCAGACAUGCUUGGGAGAGAGCGAGGCGCAGUCGAUGUGGACGGUUUGCCGGGUGUUGAUUUCUGUUUGAAUUCUCGGGUUGAAGACGUUGAUGUCCAAACUGCCUCACGGGGCGAAGAAGGAAGACAACGAGAUUGCGGGUAAUCUGAUUUCAAUGACAAGAAGUUGAAGCCCCGACGUUGAAAACCAACGAAGGAAAACGGG